AUGGCCCAGGCUCGCUCCGCGCGCCUAAGUCCCAGGCUCGCUUCGCGCGCCUAAGUCCUGGGCCGGGGCGCCCGGCUCACUCCGCGCGCCUAAGUCCGCGCCCGGUUCGCUCCGCGCGCCUAAGUCCUGAGCCGAGCGGAGAGUGGAUUCCUCACACAGCCGACUCGACCUUCCCAUCGGCCUGGUCAGCUAUUUCUUGGAUCGUUUGCCCUUCCUCUUUUGUCCGACCUCGUUGGCCACCAUAGUCCGGUACACUGGACUUGCUGCGAGCCUUGCAGCCGCGUAUCCUCCGCGGUUGCCUCUCGGUCGACUUCCGCCGCCCAGCCGACUCGACCUUCCCACCGGCCUGGUCAGCUAUUUCUUGGAUCGUUUGCCCUCCCUCUUCUGUCCGACCUCGUUGGCUACCAUAGUUCGGUACACUGGACUUGCUGCGAGCCUUGCAGCCGCGUAUCCUCCGCGGUUGCCUCUCGGUCGACUGCCGCCGCCUCGGUCGACACCCCCUUCGCUCCUUCGCGCUUUCGCGCGCUCUCUCGCUCUCUCCCUCGUCUCUCGCGUGUAGUCAUCGUCAUCCCCUCCGACGUUGCCUGUCAGCGAGUGCACAAUCGUUUCCAUGCUCGACUGCUUCGGCCUUGCGUUGAGAAUGAUGCUGAAAGGUUUCCUGGGCGUGACCCCGCAGUUCUUUUUGUCGAAGACAUAGCCGACGCGGCCGACAAUUCUGCGAUUCCGGAACGGAUUGUUCGCGAUCGGCGGAACGCUCGGGGCGCUCGUUCGUUCUUGGUUCGAUGGGUAGGCCGUAACGACACCGACGAUACUUGGAUGUCAGAGCAGUCCAUUCGCCUUGACCAUCCGUCCGUCCUCGACGCCUACCUCGCGCGCCUCGAUCGCUCGAACCGCCGCCUCGCCGCACGGUAG